GUUGCCCGACUCCAAACAAGAGCCAAGGGGGCCAAAAACUGUAGACAUUAAGCGUCCUCUGCAGGUCAGGGAGGGUAGGUACCUUAAGAAUGACCCCAGCGGACGGUAGGGGGCGCGCGUGUGCUUUCCGCUACGGCCGAGAGUGAAGACUACAACUCCCAGAAGCCUCUAGGAAUACUCUGGUACUUGAGGGUUGGGCCAACUCGUUCCUUCCCGCCACACCGCUCAGAACCUAACCGGGAUGCAAAGAGCCAAUGGGAAGGUGGCCCGACUCCCGCGAGAGCAAGGAGCACUAGCGGCGCGUAGCGCCCCCGGGGGCUUUGCUUUCAGCAUUGGUUUCCCGGUGUUUGCCCUGGGUUGCGGGGUUCGGCUUACUCUUCCCGGAAGAGGAAGGCAGGCGCGGUGGGUCUGUGCGGUUCUGCGCCCGGAUCCCUGGGAAUUUUAAUGCAGCCUGGCCUCAGCAGCUGGUAGCCGGCGCAACGAGGCUUGCCCGGCCCCUGUCCUUCCUGCUUGUUCUACAGAAUGAAGACGUCGGAGGAGCGACUCUUAGCUCCGGACAGCCUCCCUUCUGAUCAGGCCCCAGCUCCAGUGCCCCAAGGUUCCCCUGUGGAUAGAAAUACAGACUCUGAACUGGUGCCACCGCCAUGCCGUGGAGAUGACCAAUCCCAGAUAGCCACAGAUUCUGUGGCUGGCUCGGUUCCGUCCCAGGAGCCGCAACAAGGGGACCCAGUUCCUCUCUCCGCUCCCCUGGAGGAAGAGUUUAAUACUCCCGGUGUGUUGAGUCCUCGAAUCGAGGAGCAAGAACUUUCUGAAAGUGCGAGCCUUACGGUAGAAGAGACGAAUCAGCCUGAGUUGGAGUCAGGAGAAGCCGUGGAAGGCGUGUCUGAUGAACCCGGUCCUGUGGAUGAGGGAGACACCUUUUGGAACUACAGCUUCUCGCAGGUACCCCGAUACCUCAGUGGUUCCUGGUCCGAGUUCAGCACUCGCUCCGAGAACUUCCUGAAAGGUUGUAAGUGGGCCCCUGACGGUUCCUGUAUCUUGACCAAUAGUGCUGAUAACGUCCUACGGAUUUACAACCUGCCCCCAGAACUGUACAGUGAAGGAGAGCCGGUGGAAUAUGCAGAAAUGGUUCCUGUCCUUCGAAUGGUGGAGGGUGACACCAUCUAUGAUUACUGCUGGUAUUCUCUGAUGUCCUCCAGCCAGCCAGACACCUCCUACGUGGCCAGCAGCAGCCGGGAGAACCCAAUCCACAUCUGGGACGCAUUCACUGGAGAGCUCCGGGCUUCCUUUCGCGCGUACAACCACCUGGACGAGCUGACAGCAGCCCACUCGCUCUGCUUCUCCCCGGACGGUUCCCAGCUCUUCUGUGGCUUCAACCGGACUGUGCGUGUCUUCUCCACAUCCAGGCCUGGUAGAGACUGCGAGGUGCGAACCACAUUUGCAAAAAAGCAGGGCCAGAGUGGCAUCAUCUCCUGUAUAGCCUUUAGUCCGGCCCAGGCCCUUUACGCCUGUGGCUCCUAUGGCCGUACCCUAGGCCUGUAUGCUUGGGAUGACGGUUCUCCUCUUGCCUUGCUGGGAGGCCACCAAGGGGGUGUCACCCACCUUUGCUUUCACCCCGAUGGCAACCUCUUCUUCUCAGGAGCCCGAAAGGAUGCUGAGCUUCUGUGCUGGGAUCUCCGGCAGCCUGGCCACCUCCUGUGGUCUUUGAGUCGGGAAGUGACCACCAAUCAGCGCAUCUACUUUGAUCUGGACCCGAGUGGGCAGUUCCUAGUGAGUGGCAACACCAAUGGAGCUGUCUCUGUGUGGGACAUCAGUGGAGCUUUCACUAACAGCACGCUGGAACCUGUGGUGACUUUUCUGCCCCAGAAGGACUGCACCAAUGGAGUGAGCCUACACCCUAGCUUGCCUCUACUGGCUACCGCUUCCGGCCAGCGUGUGUUUCCAGAGCCCACCAAUAGUGGGGAUGAAGGCGAGCCGGAGCUGGAUCUUCCCCUGCUCUCCCUAUGCCACGCCCAUCCCGAAUGGCGGCUUCAGCUCUGGUGGUGUGGAGGGGGACCGGACCCCAGUAGCCCUGAUGACCACCAAGAUGAGAAGGGACAAGGAAGGACAGAGGGCUGUGGGGAUGAGUUAAUAUAAAGAUUUUGUAUGAUGCUGGA